AUGAUAGAUGCCUUCGUCUUCAAACUUUGUUUGAUUGCGGUGUCACUUACUUUCAAGAUCUGUUUAUACCUCGAGCUCAACAUGGAAAUUCCUCGUCAAAAACGGCCUCUUCGACCCGGAAUCUAUGCCCCAUUGCCCACAUUCUUUGACAAUAAUCAAGAAAUCGACUAUGAAACAUACAAAUCCCAUUUACUGAACUUGGCAACUAAGGGAAUGGUCCCAGUAUGUGCUGGCUCUCUGGGUGAAGCAGUGCAUUUGAGCUUUGAAGAAAGAACGAGUCUCAUUCGAUUUAUCCGAGCAACAUUGGACGAAGCAGGUCUCCAGUCCACUCCCAUUGUGGCAGGUGUGGGAGGUCUAAGCACGAGAGAAACUAUUCAACUAUCCAAAGCAGCAGCAGAGGCAGGAGCAGAUGCUGGCAUGGUGAUUCUUCCUGCUUAUUACGCCGCGAGCCUUAACACCGAUUCGGAGCAGGUUAUCCAAUACUAUGUUGACAUUUGUGCUGCAUCACCGAUCCCGUUGCUUCUAUACAAUUUUCCCUCUAAUGCAGGUGGUCAAGACAUGUCCUCAGAAGUCAUAAGCGCAGUGAUAAAGGAAAGCCCUAAUCUAUGCGGCCUGAAAUUAACUUGCGGUGGCAGUAUUGGCAAGCUCAUCCGUCUCAAGGCUGCGAUUUCUGAAGAUUCAACUAUCAACGACAGUAGAAGCUUUCCUUUCCUUCUCCUUGAUGGAUUAAUCGCCGAUCUUACACCCUGGAUGCAGUGUGGGGGUCAUGGCACUGUGAGCGGUAUACCGAAUUUUGCACCAAAUGCUUCCCUGAGGUUAUGGGAGUUGCUCAACUUAUCAUCUCCGUCAAAAGAUGACGUAGGAGAAGCCGCAAAGAUCCAAGCGAUUCUUUCAAGAGCUGAUGCAGCUGCUGUUCCGGGUGGUAUUCGUGCGAUGAAAUAUGCUUUGCACAAGAUGCACGGAUAUGGGAUCGCUCCGCGGAAACCUCUUUUACCGUUGAAGGAGGCCGAGGGUGAAUUUUUUAUGACGGCUUUGGAUGAGAUGAUUGAACUAGAGAAUGAGAUCAAGCGACCAACAACCAGGUGCUGA